GACCUAGCUUUCCAUUCACACAUACUGGUGUGCCCCCGCCCAGCUUUCCAUUCGCCCAUACUGGCAUGCCUUCAUCCUUCCAGCAUACUGGAGGAUCUGGUUUCUCAUAUCCCAUGCAGAUGACUUCCUCCUUUCAGCAUACGGGAGGAUCCAGUAGUACACCUCCGACACAGGCUGGACGAUCUCCUAGUCCACGCCCCACACAGGCUGGACGAUCUCCCCGUCCACGUCCGACACAGGCUGGACGAUCUCCUAGUCCACGCCCCACACAGGUUGGAGGCUCACGCACCCCACAUCCCACACAUGUACCAGCACGUGAGGUUGAUGAGGCAGUUGAUGAGAUAGAUGGAGCUGAUCUUCGUGGGAGGGAUGAUCCUGAUGAGAUUCAUGUGAUUGACGGCAGAUUUUGGAUUCAGCCCGAAGGAAGCAAUUUUACGCCGAGUCGGACAGCUGCUAGGGUUGUUAGCUAUAUAAUUCAGCAGAUGUAUAAAUCAGCUUUUAAGAGCUAUGGGGACGUCAAAAAUAAAGAUGAAUGGUUUAGAAUGUUUAAGGAGAAAUGUGUGUGGGAUCCUUUGAGUGAAAAAAGUGUUCAGAAAGUUUUCAACACCAGAUGCUCUAAAAGAAUGUCUGAUAUGCUGCGGAGAGUAAGGGAGAAUCAUGAGCUUCAUGGCAUCCGUCCUAACUGGAUAGGCGAGGAGGUUUUUCAUGAUCUUGUUACAUAUUGGAGGAGUCCAGAAUUCCGGGCUAAAUCAGAAACUUUUAAGAAGAUGAGGGCAUCUGAAAAGGGCGGUUGUGUCAACACAGUUGGAAGUAUUAGCACCGCCGAGCAUGCCCGACGAUUGGCUAAGGAGUUGGGGAGAAAACCAUUGAUGCCUGAGCUGAUUUCGAGGACCCGGACAAGGAGAUCGGGAGGUUUUGUCGACGAGCGCACGAAGUUGUAUCUUGAAGAUUAUGAUAGGCGACUUGCCAUUUUUCUGGAAAAUAAUCCUCAAUUCAUGCCAGCAGAGGGGGAGCCGCUAAAUGCGGAUGUUGAUCACUAUAUCUGGUGUGAGGUUAUUAAAGAAAAAGGACCUAAUGGUUGCUUUUUUGGUGCUGGAAAUUUGGCGGCCAGCUAUAGACGUGGUGACCGCAAUCUGUUUCAAAGACUUCAGGAUGGAGAGGGUGGAUCGCGUCAACCAAAUCUGACACAGGAACAAACUGAAUUAGUAAGGCAAUUAGCGAGACGCGAAAGGUUAAAAGGCUACGAAUGUGUUCGUAGCAAAAUCGUAGCAGAAUAUAUGUGUGAUUUGCAGGAUGUUUUGUUAACACAUCAACGACACAGCUGA